UUCAUGUCUUUAGACUUGACUUCUGGAUAUUGGCAAGUAGAAGUCAAAGAAAAGGACAAGGAAAAGACUGCAUUCAUUACUAAAUAUGGUCUUUAUGAAUUUAAUAUUAUGCCUUUUGGAUUGUGCAAUAUACCAUCUAUAUUUCAAAGGCUUAUAGAUGUAGUGUUAAGGCUUGUUCUAUGGAAAAAGGCCAUGGUAUAUAUUGAUAAUAUUAAUAUAUACUUCAUAUCAUUUGAGCAACAUAUACUAGAUAUACAAGAGGUAAUCAAACCAGACCCUCAAAAGGUUAAUAAAUUAAACAAUCUUCCCCCUCCUAAAACCAUUAAUCAACUUCGAGCUUUUUUAGACUUAGCAUCUUAUUAUAGAUGUUUUAUAGAAGGAUUUUCUACAAAGGCUGGACCUUUGUUAAAAUUAUUAAAAAAGGAUGAACCUUUUAUUUGGGAAAAACCCCAAGAUAAGGUUUUUAACUGGUUUAAAUAUUGUUUAACACAUACUCCUAUAUUACAAUAUCUUGAUUACAAUGAACCUUUCAUUCUGUUUACUGAUGCUUCUUAUCAAGGACUAA